AUGGAAAGCACAUUCGUUUCAAACAGGUUUGGAGUGAACUCCAAGACAGUGAGGGAUAUUUGGGAUCGUAGAACAUGGACAGAGGCAACCAUGUCCCUUUGGACUGACAGUGAAAGGGCUGAGUUUGAAAAGCAAGCCAGGAGGUGCCCGGGACGACCCUUUGGCUCAAAGGACUCGAAGCCAAGGAAGAAGCGAACAGACAUGAAGAAACAGAUAGAUUCAACUUCUGAGUCAUCAGUGGCACCUGGGAAUCAGCAGCAGACUUCAUCGACCAGUGAGACGAACUCGAUCCCUGAGACCAACUCCAUUCCUGACGAGGAGAUGAAGAAGAAUAUUGAGAAGGUUUGGCGGUCUUGUUCAAAACGGCAGCUAUCAAGCUCUGAAGGUUCAGGCUCCAUCGACAAUGGAGACGAAGGUCGCACUUCUAUUGAGCAAGGAGAAACCGAACCAAGCGAGCUGUCUGAUCGAACAGAAGGCUUUUUACAGCAUGAGCAAGCAAACAUACUUCCUAUCAGCCCGUUCGAAAGCUCUUCUUCCAGCAAGUCAAAUGAAGUUGAUGAGUGGUUGGUAAGACCCGAUUCAUCGUCCAUUCAACAAUUCUUGGGUGGGACUGAAAACGUGGACGAUUGA